GGAAAUAAGACAAUAGCAGGAUUGUAAUGGUGUGUAAUGUCACAAAAAACAUCCACUUUUACAACUGGACAAUUUGUUGGUGCUAGUAGUAGUAAUGAUAGUUUACUUGGUUCACGUAUACCAUAUCAACCAGUUUGUCAGAGAUGCUUUAAUCCACUACAAUUGGAUCAAGAUUUUGAACACUUACAGAAAACAGAAUUAUUGACCUUAAUUGAUGCUACGACUGCUGACAGUGAAACAUCUGAUCCAAUUAAUUUAGUACCUGUUAAAAAUUCGACCACUCCUCGACCAAGAUUCAUUGUCCCACCAAAUUCAGCACUAUCCUUGUUAAAUGAUGAGGAAGAUCCACUUGAAACUCUUCAGUCAUAUGCUGGACCUACUUCAAGUCUUGACCAUCGUCUCAAGGUGAAUGCCUGUUUAUUUGAUGUAUUAAGUGGUCGUACUGAAGUUGAUCAUCCUCUAUGCCAAGAAUGUGCCGAUACUUUAUUGUUAGCUAAACAACAAUGUUUAGAAUUUCAGGAAGAAGAAAUGAAAUGUUUGCAAUUUUACUUAUCGUACCUUGAUUCGACUGCUGGGAAAAUUGAAGCUAAAUUAAAGUCUAAACAAGCGUUUAAAUUGAAGUCAACCCAGAAAACGGAAAGUAAGAAUCUUUCAUGUGAAACAAUCACUCAAUCACAUGAUCAAGUCCCUGAAAAUCAUAGCACUAUCACAUCUAGUGAAAACAAAAUUGUAUUUGAUAAAAUCGUUGGCGAUGACGAUACUACUGUUCAUGAUGCAAACAACGAGUUGGCUAGCGAUUCAACAUUAAUUGAUUCUGUAUUAAGUCUUACAUUUGAUGAUAACAAUGAUAGUGAUAAUUAUUUUUAUGAUGAUGAUGAUGGGGGUGGUGGUAACGACGACGACGAAGAAGACAAUAACAAUAUAGGUGAUAGUAGUUAUGCUGUGAAAAUAGAUAAAAAUAUUAAAAAAUAUACAUCAAAUCGUAAAAAAUAUGGUACAAAUGUAAGUGAACUUGAACAAACAUUAAAUGCUUUACAAUCCAAUCUAAAUGAAUUAAUAAUUGAAAAUGAAAAAUUAGAUAAACAAAUAAUUCAAGAUACAGUUGAACUAGAAAAGCGUACGGAAGAAUUAGAUAGAGCUACAACUCAAUAUAAUGAUCAAAAACUGGCCUUAAUAGAAGCAGAAGAAGAAAUGCAGUGCUUAGAAUCUCGACUAAGCUAUGCUCGAAAUCAUUUACAUAGAUUACAGCGUACAAAUGUACUUAAUAUUGCUUUUCCUAUAUGGUACGAUGGUCAUAUUGGUGUAAUCAAUGGACUACAUCUUGGUCGUUUGCCCAAUCGUCCUGUUGGUUGGGAAGAGAUCAAUGCAGCUUGGGGUCAAUGUGCUUUAUUAUUACAGUGCAUUGGGAAGAAACUUAACUACACUUUUCAAAAUCAUCGUAUUGUGCCAAUGGGAAGCCAAUCAAAAGUGGUUCAACUAUCGAUAUCGAAAGAAUUUCCUCUUUAUUAUACUACUGGUGGCAUGCGAUUAUUAAGUGCUGGCAAAUUCGAUACAGCUAUGAUAAAUUUUUUAGAUUGUUUAAAUCAAGCUCAACAAAUUAUAGAGCAUACAUCCAAUAUACAAUUACCUUUUCGCAUUAAAGAGAAGGGAAAAUUACAAGAUCCUGAUGGUCAAAUUUAUUCGAUUAAAUGGAAUGGGAAUUCUGAAGAAAAUUGGACUAAAGCUUUAAAAAUGAUGCUUAUCAAUAUGAAAUGGAUUAUAGCUGCAUUAUCUACAAAAAAGAAUAAAAAAGUAAUUAAUAUUCAAUCAACUCCUAGUACUAUUGAUAAAUAAUCCAAUAAUAAUAGUAUAUCUAUGUGUGAGCUAAAACAUUCAUGUAAUUCUCUUUCUCCUAUUGUACAGUAUAUGACUACAAUUGUGAAUGGUUUAUUUUGAUUAAUAUAAGGAAUUAUUGUAUUGUCUUUCAAUAUUAUUUUUAAUAUAUUUAAUAAUUGUUACAUAAUAAAUGAUGAAAUAAUCA